GCAGGCUCUAUCCGUUUCCCAUCUCUCCAGGAUGAGAGAGGUUUGGGUUCGGCUUUUCCCCUCUCCCUGUAGUUGAUAGUUUCGGAACCAGAGGUGAUGCUGGAGUCAAGAUGGCAGACAGCGUGAAAACCUUCCUUCAUGACCUCGUCAGGGGAAUUAAGGACUCCAUCUGGGGCAUCUGCACCAUCUCCAAGCUGGACGCCCGGAUCCAGCAGAAAAGGGAAGAGCAGAGGCGAAGGAGAGCAAACAGCGCGCUCGCCCAGCGGAGGUUUCACAUGGAAGAGAAGAAGCAAGAGAAUGAACCCCGGAUAGUGAGCCGGAUAUUUCAGUGCUGUGCCUGGAACGGAGGUGUUUUCUGGCUUAGUCUCUUCUUGUUUUACCGAGUAUUUAUACCUGUCCUUCAGUCAGUCACGGCACAGAUCAUCGGUGACCCUUCCCUGCACGGAGACGUCUGGUCGUGGCUGGAGUUCAUCCUCACCUCCAUUUUCGGCGCCCUCUGGGUCCUUCCCCUCUUCGUGCUCAGUAAGGUUGUCAAUGCCAUCUGGUUUCAGGACAUCGCGGAUCUAGCGUUCGAAGUUUCCGGCAGAAAGCCUCAUCCCUUUCCCAGCGUCAGCAAAAUCAUCGCCGACAUGUUGUUUAACCUCUUGUUGCAGGCGCUGUUCCUCAUCCAGGGGAUGAUCGUGAGCCUCUUCCCCAUCGAUAUCAUCGGCCAGCUGGUCAGCCUCCUCCACAUGUCGCUGCUCUACUCGCUCUACUGCUUCGAGUACCGCUGGUUCAACAAAGGAAUCGAGAUGCACCAACGGUUAUCCAACAUCGAGAGGAACUGG